CGAAUCAAUUUGCAAUUGAAAGAGUAAGUUUGCCAUCAUGACUCCAAGUGAGUCGUCGGUGUUAAUUAGGCAUUCGUUGAUUAUCUCUCCCUUGCCAACAUCGUGCAGCAGACCUACAUUCACUUAUGCCCGUCCGGGGCUCUCUGAAGUUGUUGAAGAAGAAAAAAGGAAAAGAAUCGCAAUGGAACGCGUCGGAGAACCACCUUUGAAGAAGCGCGCAACAAGCUCUACCAUCGCAACUGUAAACGCGCCCAGUAGUCGAAAGGAAAAACGCAAGCAGCCAUCUGGGCAGAAGGAGUUCAUAGAUUUGUCGACUUGUAGUAGCGACGAUGACAUCCUUGUCAAGAAACCCAGACUCGGAUUCGAAGAUGACCACUUGUUUGCGAACCGCGUGCCAGAUAUCUAUGCGAAUGAUGAGAACACUUUGCAAAUGGACUGCAGUAAUGAUACACAUGACCCAAACGAUUUCCUACCUCGCACGAGUGUACCGCCGUCCCUGUCCCAACCACUGACAUCCGAAGAUGCUGAAUAUGAAUAUGACUCCGAGGAGGAGUACGCGAAUUAUAUGGCUUCUCUCGACAUUUCGGAUGAAUCUAAUUGGAAACCAGUGCCUGCAAGCAACAAGGCCGAAGAUCUUUCUCCGAAUGUAGAGCUCGAGGUCGAGCCGCCACCUCCACGGCCUAGAGAACUGCGGCCGUUGCGUCCAAAGUACUUCGCCGUACACUAUCCAGUAACUCCCUUAGAUCCAAUUUAUAAGGAGCAAUACUUUUGGGGAAAAUUAAAUUCAGUGCCAGGUUUCCGACCGCGCGCACUCAAGCCACCUGCUCGACUUCGCUUCGCCAGGCACUUACCGGGAACCACGCGCCCUCUCAAACUGUUUCAAGAUCUUGCGUACGAUAAGUUGGGUGCUGUUCAAUCGCAUCGUCAGGUCGCAUCAGGGUCCAUAAAUAAGAUUGUUCAAGUUCCAGGAGCCAUCGUAGCAUGUGCGGCAGCAUCGGGUGGGCAUCCCGACUAUUCCGAUGAAGAUCGAGAAGCGCCUCUGCCAUCAGACAACAAUGCCGGGACAAUGGUAGUGUUCCACCGUGGCCGAUGUCACGUUGUCGAUGCUCACUGCAUCAAUCACGGAGCUUCUUCAAAGAAAUACUACACGAUAAAUGAUGUAUUAUUCAAUCCAUUGAACCCCGGACAGUUUAUAUCGACUGGGAAUGAUUGCCAAGUGCAGCUUUGGCAACUGCCUAAGGUUGAUGAAACAGAAACGAGCGAAUCCAUCGCCAGUGCCCCCUGGAUGAUGAAUUCAAUGAGGCUCGGAGAUGUUGCCCAAGACUUGGUGCCUUCGUCCGACGGUGCAAAUAUUGCCGUGUCUUGUCGAGAUGGCACCGUUUCUGUCUUCAAGACGAUGGAUUUAUUCGCUUCACCAACAUGGCCCAGAACUACGCCUCCGCCUGAUCCGGUGACGAAACUUCACGUUGCCCCUCCUAAUGCCGACCACGCCGCGGGUACUGUACUGUGGGGUUCUGGUCUGACCGAACGUCUUGUGUACACAUCUUCAGAACCUCACGACUCUGAUGGUGAGGGCAAGGACUUGGGUUUCCACCGUGCACAUGAUAUAUCACGAGGUCGAGUGCUAUUUCCUUUUAGUGCUAAAGAGGCAGGUGAUGCAGGAGCCGUCAGUCCGGAUGGGAGCACUUAUGUGUUGAUCACAUGCGGUGAGAAUAAUAAGCAUCCUAUAAGGUUGUACGACGUUGCACGCAAGUCGGGGAAUGUUGUCGCCGAAACGAUACUCGAGCCAUCUGUCUCAAAGAUCGCUUCAUUUGAAGCCACAACAGCCACUUUCUCUUCCGAAGGUCGCCUCCUUGCUGUGGCACGCUCAGAUAAUGCCGUGCAUCUGUAUGACAUUCGCGCGCUAACCAAAGGUCCCCUCGCAAUGUUCAAACACGAGGAGUUGGAUGCAGUAGGUUCAGCCGGGUAUGGUGCUGUUCAUGCAUGCUGGGUCGAGGGGCGGGAUCGGCGACGAGUUGGCAUCGUCAGCGGAGGCAACGACGGAUGCGUGCGAGUGUGGGAUCCGAUGAUUGCAUUGUCGGACAAGUCCCAAGGUAAAGUGCUAGCGCGCACGGAGUUUGACGUUGCAUACUUUGCCAUGGGUGAUAUGUGGACGGGAGAGAAACCACUCGUUCUUGGCCAUUGUGGUGGAGGCCUUUAUAUUUAUGACCACUUGGAUGGUGACGGCCUACCGAUCGAGAUGCCCAAACAUUGAUAUUCAGUAGCAAAGCACCCUGGUCUGCCGCGUUAGUAAAUACCGACCGGACGUUUAUGCUUAAAUCAUUGGAUUUCAAUUAGUUGGGAGAUUGUUUAAUUUUGCUACGGUACCACUGGUCGAUUAGAUAGGUUCAAGUUUGACUGGGGUUAUAUAACCAUCAUAUGUGCCACCCCAUCUGUUGCUCGCUGAAGUUUAUACAUUCAUGCAUUGAGUUUGCCCGUC